UCGUUCUGUGCUUAGUACUUAGUAGUCCAGGCAAGGAGUAAGGGAGAAACUAGGCGCGUGCGAUGUGGGGAGUCAAAGGCAGACCAGUAGCAAGCAGUACCAGUUGAAUUCACUUGGCUCUUUUUUUUUUUUUUUAAUUUCUCCCUUUCCUGUUUGGCCGUUUCUAUGCUCUGCAAUGUCCCUUCUUUUGUCGCAGAGCAAUCAUCCACUCGGCCAUUUAUAUCAAUCUUUUCUGGACUAGUUGCCCUUCUCCUCUCUCCUCUUUAUUUGCACUAAACGUCACCUACAGUGGUUAAUUUACCACUAAUAAUUUCGUUUGCUGGGCUUCUUGCAUUGAUGCUUACUUCCACCAUCCAUAGAAACCCCCAAUAGCACAGACACACACUCUCUCUCUCUCUCUCUCUCAGGAUCUCAUCUCAUUUCUUACUUAUUAAUCUCUACCCAUUAAAUAAGUGAGUAAGAAGUGGACAGAAAAAGAAAGUGGGGGGAAAGAAACGCUAUAAGAGGAACUCGAUUUUCUCAUCUUCCAGCACUUCUUCUUCCUCGUUUUCUCCUGUCCAGCUUCUUCCCGUUGGUGUCUGCGGAGGGAGGAAAGGGCAGGGAGUAAAAAAAUGAUAAUGGCAGCGUUCUUUUAGUGCUACGGACCAUCAUUCUUCAUAUUGGGAAGCGAGAAAUUUCUUGAAAGAAGAAGACGGUGGCCAGGCCUUUUUGACUGUUGUUGACUAGCCACUGUCGAAAGGGAGUUGGAUAGUAGAAGGAGGAGGAGGAGGAAGUAGAGGAAGAAGAAAAUGGGGAAGGUCUUUUUAGCAGUUUGUUUGUGUAUCUGCUUCGUUCUCGCCCACCAAGUGGGCGGCGUGGCUUCGAGCAGGAAACAGACUUACAUAGUUCACACCGCCAAAUCCCAGAUCCCGUCGAGCUUCACCAGCCACCAGGAGUGGUACCACACAACGCUCGACUCCGUUUUGGAGGCGCCGGUGGAGCAAGGCGUGAGCCGCAUCAUCUACACCUACUCCACCGUCCUCCACGGCUUUUCCGCACGGCUGACCCCGGCGGAAGCCGAGUCCCUCCGGGGGAAGCACGGCGUCCUCGCGGUGUUGCCAGAGAAGGUCUACCACCUACACACCACGCGGACGCCGGAGUUCCUCGGCCUCAACGACCCCAACGGCCUGCUGCCGUUGUCUGGUAACGGUGGCGACGUAAUAAUCGGCGUGCUGGACACCGGCGUGUGGCCGGAGAGCAAGUCCUACAACGAUGACGGCUUUGGCCCUGUUCCGACCAGCUGGAAGGGCGAGUGCACUACUGGGAAGAACUUUGAUGCGAGCUCCUGCAACCGGAAACUCAUCGGUGCUCAGUUCUUCUCCGCCGGUUACGAGGCGGCUCUCGGCCCAAUCGUUGAGGGGAAGGAGUCGCGGUCCCCGCGGGACGACGACGGGCAUGGAACCCACACUUCGACCACCGCUGGCGGUUCGGUCGUCAACGAUGCGAGCCUCUUCGGCUACGCGUUCGGCAACGCCCGUGGGAUGGCUCCUCGCGCUCGCAUCGCCACCUACAAGGUCUGCUGGAUCGGCGGGUGCUUCAGCUCCGACAUCCUCCGCGCCAUGGACAAGGCUAUUGUCGACGGCGUGAAUGUCCUCUCCCUCUCCAUAGGAGGCGGCGUGAGCGAGUACUACCGCGACAGCGUCGCCAUCGGUGCCUUCGCGGCCACGGAGCACGGCGUCUUCGUCUCCUGCUCCGCCGGAAACGCUGGACCCGCAUCCUCCAGCCUAUCCAACGUGGCCCCCUGGAUCAUGACCGUCGGUGCCGGCACCAUCGACCGCGACUUCCCCGCCUAUGCCGUCCUUGGCAAUGGCAAGAACUUCAGCGGCGUCUCCCUCUACAGCGGCAAGAACCUGCCGGAUACCGCGACGAUUCCGCUUAUCUACGCUGCCAAUGCAAGCAAUUCCACGAGCGGGAACCUAUGCUUCCAGGGAACUCUUGUGCCUGAGAAGGUCGCUGGAAAAAUCGUGCUCUGCGACCGCGGAGUAACAGCCAGGGUGCAGAAGGGCGCCGUCGUCAAGGCCGCCGGCGGCGCCGGCAUGAUCCUCGCCAACCUGGAGGCCAACGGCGAGGAGCUCGUUGCCGAUGCUCACCUCCUACCCGCGGUGGGCGUCGGCCAGAAGAACGGCGACGCGGUCCGCGACUACGUGCUCUCGGAUCCUCAUCCGAUGGCGACGAUCGUCAUCGCCGGAACGAAGGUCGGGAUCGAGCCGUCCCCGGUGGUCGCUGCGUUCUCCUCCAGGGGACCCAACAGCAUCACGCCGGGGAUCCUGAAGCCCGACCUCAUCGCCCCAGGAGUGAACAUCCUCGCCGGCUGGUCGGGGUCGGUCGGGCCGACGGGGCUCGCCUCCGAUGACCGCCGCGUCGACUUCAACAUCAUCUCCGGUACGUCCAUGUCGUGCCCCCACGUGAGCGGGCUGGCCGCGCUCCUCAAGGUCGCCCAUCCAGACUGGAGCCCGUCGGCCAUCAAAUCAGCGCUCAUGACCACAGCCUACUCGUCCUACAAGGACGGCAACCCGCUGCUGGACGUCGCCACCAAGAGGCCCUCCACGCCGUUCGACCACGGCGCUGGACACGUCGACCCCCAGAAGGCGCUGGACCCCGGCCUCAUCUACGACCUCACCACCGAAGACUACCUCGGCUUCCUGUGCGGGCUCGGCUACUACCCGGACGAGAUCGCACUGGUUGCCAGGCGAAACUUCACCUGCUCCGGCUCCAAAAUUACCGCCAGCAAUCUCAACUACCCUUCAUUCGUCGCGCUGUUUGAUACGGCCAUCGAGGGCCGCCGUGGCCGCGUGAGCGCCGGCCAGGCAGCCCAGUCCCAGAGCAUCCGGCUGACCAGGACAGUGACCAACGUGGGUUCCGCAGCGUCAAGCUACAAGGUGACGGUUUCGGCGCCGGAGCCAGUGAAGGCGGUGGUGGAGCCGGACGUCCUGAGCUUCACGGCUAAGGGAGAGACAAAGAGCUACACCGUGAGCCUGACUUCCUCGUCGCUGCCAUCCGGCACGUCCAAGUUCGGAUACUUGGAGUGGUCCGAUGGUCAGCACCUGGUUCGCAGCCCCAUCGCCUUCACUUGGACAUGAUCAGUCGGGCCAAGGACGCGAGUCUUUGGGUUUGAUGACGAGAGGAUGCAGGAAAAAUAAAACAGAAAAAGAAAGGGCAGUGGACAUUCCUUCUCAGUCUUCAUUUCUCGAGUUUGGCUCUUAAGGGGUGGGUGGGGUUUAUAGGCUAAGUUCCAGUCAAAUGCUUUAGUCAGGUCCGGUCAGGUGCUUUAUGUUUUCUCUUCUUCUGUUCUCAUGUCAACCAAAGCUCAUCAUGAAAACGAUUGAUGUAAAUUGGAUUACAAUGAACAAAUUAGGCAGCAGCCGCAAGGCAAACGCUUUGGCAAACCCUAACUCGUUUGUAGUUUUUCCUGUUUUCACUCAAUCUUAUGUAUCCAGCAGAGAACAUCGAUAUUCA